UCAUUUCUCUCCUUCACUUCCCACAGAUAUCACCUGCUCCUCUGACUACAACCGUACAAUCACGUGUGUGUGGAACAGCGCGUAUGAUCAUUCAGGCAGUGAGUGCACGAUAGAUGCCUUAAAUAAAGACAAGCCUAGAAGGAAAUCUUCCAACGCUUCAUGCACGCUCAAACCUGUUGAAGGCAGAUCAACGCAAAUGACCUGUAACAUGGAGUUCUUUAGAGACGAAAACUUUCAACCUGCCGAUAUCUUCUCCAUGAAUCUGACCUGUAAUCCUGGGCCGGCCAAUGUGACCAUGUGCUUCCAGCCAGAGCAUCACAUAAAGCUGAACCCUCCACAACGACCUCAUAUCAACUUCACCACCAUUUCCUGGCACCCCCAAGUUAAAAAGAGAGAACAAAUCACACUGUACAAGUGCCAGUUGCAGUGGAAACAAGAGAAGCAGUCAUGGAGUGAUCCGUCUGUGCAGAAAAACACAAAUACUUAUUCAUGGGAGUGGGAAGAAUCAGGGUCCGCUGUAGAGCUUGACGAUGAUUGGCUGAUUCGAGGCAAGAGGUACGAGGCACGCGUUCGAGUGAAGUCCGAAGAGACAGACCAAAGCUCUACCUGGAGUGGCUGGAGCCCCACUGCAUCAUGGGUACCCCAACCACCAUCAGAUCUUGCUUGGCGUGUUUCGGGCCUUUUUGCCGUUGCAGCUGCGAUUGCAGUGUUUCUGGUUAUCGUACGAUUUAAGACUGACAAAACCACCUGGGUUUACAUCGUGAAGAUAAUCAAAGGUCCGCCUAUUCCCAACCCAGAGAAAUCCUUCCUGAAGGAUCUAAAGUUCGAGAGUCGGUCGAGUCCUCACUUCCUCAUCGCUUCGGGGGAGCUGGACUCGGUGGAGAUCUCCUCCUGUGUGGACGCAGUGUUGCCGUGCAGCCAGGAGGAGGCGCUGCUGCACAAAAUCAGAAGCGAAAUGACCCACGAAUCCACCAGUUCAGACUUCUCCAACCCCAAUUACUCCCAUCUCCUCCCCCAAACUCCUCCUCCUCCUCCUCCUCCUCCUCACAUGUCCUCCCUCACAGCAGGGAACCUCCCUCAAUGCGUCUCCGACGCUCCUUACGGGCCGGUGGGAGGUCAAAGAAGUGAAAAGGAAACGGAUGAAGACAGAGGGAAGAAGGAGGAGGAGGAAAUCCAUCAGUUGUUCUCUAAAGGGAGUGAAGCCAUGCUGCUGGUUUCAGACUAUGAGAGGGUGGAGGAGUUAAAGGGGGAGAGAGGGAGGCUGCAGAGCUUAGAUUCAGGUGUUGGUAGUGGGGGAGAGGACAGGAGACAGGAGAGCAUGGAGGAGGUGAGUCAGGAGAGCAUGGAGGAGGUGAGUCAGGAGAGCAUGGAGGAGGAGAGCAUCACUGUGGAGGAGGAGAGGGAGGAAGGGAGGGAGGAGGAGAGGAAGGAUAAAGCACAGAGGGAGGAGCCUCCUCUGCCACAGCCUCAGUCACCCAAGGCGUUCCCAGGGAUGAGUACUCAGAUCCACCUCAGCCGGGCUCCUGUCCCACCCAAGUCCAAACUAUAG